UUCGUGUUUGGCUUUCAGUUGAGCUUUGAUGGCAUUUUUUGGCAAAUCUCAGUGAGUGUCUGAGUGAAGUGAAAUUCAAGUUAUCAAGUACGCCCUGAGAUUAGAAUGAAAUGAAGACUGAAAUACUUAAAGAAGAAUAAAGCUCGAUUCAGUUAUCCGGAUUUCACAUACCUACUAUCCCAAAAUGCCACGAAAAAGGCGUACUACUGUUGAAGCAACCAUGGAAGAUGAUUCUUUCGUGCAGAAAAGAUCUCGAAACACCAACGCUAACAAAUCAGCCAAAAUAGAUGAUACAUUUAGUCAGAAAAAGUGCAUGACUUGGUUUAGAGAAUAUUCUAGCGUUGAUGAACCAGAUGUGAUAGGUCCGGAAGGUAUUGAAAAAUUUUGCCAGGAUCUUGGUGUCGAACCUGAAAAUAUCGCAGUACUUGUUAUUGCUUGGAAAAUGAACGCUCGUAGGAUGGGUUUCUUCUCGUCACAAGAAUGGCUCAAAGGGUUUUCCGACUUACAAUGUGACUGUAUUCCAAAAAUUCGAGCAAAAAUUGAUCACGUUAGAAGUUUAUUGCAAGAUCACUCUACUUUCAAAAGUGUUUACAGAUAUGCUUACGAUUUUGCUCGAGACAAAGAUCAAAGAAGCAUGGAUUCAGAGACUGCUAAGGAUAUGUUAAAUUUGUUAUUAGGAAAGAAUUGGAAACUCUAUCCUCAGUUUCGUCAGUUUUUAGAUCAAUCAAAGUAUAAAGUCAUCAAUAAAGAUCAAUGGUGUAAUAUAUUAGAAUUCUCGCGUACUAUUAACAGCGAUUUAUCCAACUACGAUAUCGAUGGCGCUUGGCCUGUUAUGUUGGACGAGUUUGUAGAAUGGCUGAAAAAUCCGAGCAAUGACAACGCUAUGCAGAAUUAGGAAACAUCGCAGAAUGAAAAUUGCCAUUGUAAUAGCCUUUCAAUUCAUUAAUUUUCGUUUUCUCUCUCUCUCUACUAUUAAUUAAUACUGAACAUCUUUUUUUGAAGUCUCAAGCAUCUAAAAUAAUUUAAAUUGUUCGUGUAUCGGAAAAUUUCAUUACGAAUUUUUCACUUGGAAAGCCCUCGAGUGAUCAAUAGUGAUAAAUGUUUCCAUUUUUUUCCACAUUUUUUUUUUCCAGUAAUUGUUACAUGUUUAUAUUAGUGAUUUCAACCGUGUUUUUUUGCCUUUUUUUUAAAAAAAAGAUUUAUUGUAAAACUAAAUAAUGUAAUGUUAAAAUUAUAAUUAAUAAUAUUCGA